UCAUGAACCCCACAAUUCAUAAUUCGAAAAUUUUUCAAAUGACUUCUAACCUAUCUCAACUUCCGGAACAAGUAUUACAACGUCCGGGUCACGGUUCGCCAUAUUUAUCACGUGGAGUGAUAUUUUCGCAAAAUACGGCAGAAAUAAAUUGUGUUGAUCGCUUUAAAAGGUUAAAAUGAGUGCGAUAUUACAAAGAAUCGCCGAAAUCGAAGCCGAGAUGGCUCGCACCCAGAAGAAUAAGGCCACUUCUGGUCAUCUCGGUCUUCUGAAGGCCCGGUUGGCGAAAUUACGUCGAGAACUGAUUGAACCGAAGGGAGGAGGGGGACCGACUGGAGAAGGAUUCGAUGUCGCCAAAACAGGAGAUGCCAGAAUUGGGUUUGUUGGAUUUCCAUCUGUGGGCAAGUCAACGUUGCUUAGCAACCUGGCAGGUGUAUACUCUGAGGUGGCAGCAUAUGAAUUCACGACCCUCACAACUGUACCCGGGGUCAUCCGCUACAAGGGUGCGAAAAUUCAGCUCUUGGAUCUGCCCGGUAUUAUCGAAGGUGCCAAGGAUGGCAAGGGUAGAGGAAAGCAAGUCAUAGCAGUUGCAAGGACAUGUGGGCUCAUAUUUAUUGUGCUGGAUGUCUUGAAACCUCUGCAACACAAGAAGAUAAUCGAGAGAGAGCUGGAAGGCUUCGGAAUCCGGUUAAAUAAGUCGCCACCAAAUAUUGUCUUCAGGAAGAAGGAGAAAGGAGGACUCAAUCUAACCAGCACGGUGGGGCAGUCAGAAUUGGAUGUAGAUCUGGUGAAGACUAUCCUGAGUGAGUACAAGAUCCAUAAUGCUGACAUAACUCUACGCUACGAUGCCACCGCGGAGGACCUGAUCGAUGUCAUUGAGGGAAACCGGGUGUAUAUACCUUGUAUCUACCUGCUGAACAAGAUUGACCAGAUCUCUAUAGAAGAGCUGGACAUCAUCUAUAAGGUCCCCCACUGUGUCCCCAUCUCCGCACAUCACAAGUGGAACUUUGACGACCUCCUGGAGCGAAUGUGGAACUACCUGGAGCUUGUCAGAAUAUACACAAAGCCGAAGGGCCAGCUCCCUGACUACAGCUCCCCGGUGGUGUUGAAGCAGGGGAGGAGCUCUGUAGAAGACUUCUGUAACAAGAUCCAUAGAAGCAUUAUGAAAGAAUUUAAAUACGCCCUCGUGUGGGGAUCCUCCGCCCGCCACCAGCCCCAGAAGGUGGGCAAGGAGCAUGUGCUGAACGACGAAGACGUUGUCCAGGUGGUGAAGAAGGUAUGAUGAGAAACAGUGCUGUCAACAAUACAACAUAGUUUUUGGACUUCAUCUCUUGGUCAUGGAAAUAUAUUCAUCCUUGAGUGUGGAAAAUGCAACGUUCACACACUUGUGUAAGCUAACUGAAAUGACAAUGUUUGAUGAGGACAACAAAUAGAAGCCAAGGGAUAUAAGGUUGAAAAUCUCAUUAAUAUCAGAUUUUUGUACUCUGUUACAAUACCUCUACGUGAAUAUCUGAUAACUGUCGAAGGAGGUCGUGGGAACCCGGUGUGAACUUUGACACCUCAUCUGAAUGAAGAAUGUGUGGGCUUUUCAGCCAAUCAGAUGUCAGCUUUCUAAAACAGUUUAGCCUCCUUCUUUUUGCACCUUGAAUCUCAAAUUACGAUUUUUUCAAAAGAAUAUACCUUCGAUAAUACACUUUUUGGGUGUAGGUGCCACAACAUAAGAAAUGACGUUGUGUGCAAAAUAUCCACAGCAUUAUAAUAGCCGAGCCUUGAUUAUUUUGAUAACAGGCCAAAUAUAUUCAUUUUGAUAUGUUGCUCUAAACCUGUGCUUGCUCUUACCAAGAAUUAAGAAGCCUUGACUCUGAUUGGCUGAUCAGAAAUGUCAGCUGAUGCGACCUACAUGGAGGGGUCGUCAGAUCUUCACACGGAGAGGUAUGAUAUCAGAGUAAAAUAUCUCUUUUUAAGGAGAUUGAGAAGUUGUUAUAUUUAUGGAAUUAUCGGUCUACAAGUGUUUCACGAUCAUAAGAAGACUGUUGAGCUGUUUCUCGUGAUUUCUUUCUGAAGUUUGGUGAAGAUCUCACUGACAGAAGGUCAAGAAUGCUGACAUUGGUACCCCAACAAGACGUGUCCCAGUUGGGCAUUAUCUGGUGGAAUGUUACUUUCUGGUUUCCAUGAUAAUCUUUUCAACAAUAAUAACUGUGUCACUGCAAGGCAACAUUUUGUUACCUAACUUAAACAUCAAUGAUUUAUUCAGUUGAUAAGAUGGAGUUCUUGUGUAAAUAAACUGGCCAAUGAUA